AUGAUACCUCCUUCCGUCCCAUCCCCUCUCCAGAGGCUGAACUCGCGAGUGUUCCUCUCGGAACCAUCGCUUCAAGCAGACGUCACUGGCCAAGAGCGCGUAGACGGAUCGAAUUAUUCCAGUGUCGGGUCACCAGGGCUCGUUCUCCUGUUUACGUGGAUGAACGCACAGACGGUUCAUAUCCGCAAGUACAGCGACACUCUACGGGGUCUCUUCCCGACUUCGACCAUCGUCGUCACUACGGUCAGCAAGGACGUUUAUUGGGCCGGCGAUAGCACAAAGGAAGGGCUCCUCACGCCAUUGAUGACCAUCCUUCGACACGAAAAAGAGAAUGGAAACCUCGCGAAAGGCGUCCUAGUAUACCUAAUGUCCAACGGUGGAGGCUUUCAGUUGUCCGCCCUCCAAAAGAUGCUCAUUAAAUCGCCUUUGAACGCCUCGCAUCAACCCCCCGUCGCACUCCUCAUGGACUCGACCCCAGGCAACUAUGGCCUCGAAUCCGCCAUUAAUGGGAACACGCCCAAUAACCCCUUCUUGCGACUCUUCGCCAUCCCAGUCGUCGCUCUUUUAUACGGGAUCAAUCACUUCCUGCGGUGGGUAGCCGGGAAACCGCCCAUCUUCACAGACCUCAGGACUGUGGUGAUGGAUCCCCAAGUUCUUCCACUAUCCAGUGUAUCUGCAAGGGCGGAAGCGAAGGCGGCCCCGCGCUUGUAUAUCUAUUCAAACGAAGACCAGAUAACGCUGGCGAGGCAUGUCGAACGGCACGCGAAUGAAGCGAGAGCUCUUGGUUUCGACGUUCGUGCCGAGAAGUUCGAGAAUAGCCCCCACGUCGCACAUGCACGCACGGACCCGGAAAGGUAUUGGGCGGCUGUAUACGAUCUUUGGGUGCGCGCCGUUACGAGUAGACAAAGUGUGGACGCAAAGCUUUAG